AUGACCUUCAGUGCAGAUGCCAUCGCAGACUGCGUCCUUGCAACCUUCGACCAGCUGCCCGACAAGCGUAAGCCGCGACCCCGCAAUGAUGGUUCCAAGGAAUGGGUCCCGCUCGCAGGCAUCGUCUUAUCAAAGGGUAACCUCUUCUGUUGCAUCCGGCACGCACUGUGGCUUACGCUCAUCGCUCCAGUGAAGACGACAAGCUCUCCUGCGUCUCUUUGGGCCCACGGCAACAUCUUGCAUGACUGGCACGCAGAAGUGCUCGCAAUACGGACAUUCAAUCGCUUCCUGCUGGACCAAUGUCUCCUCGUCUCAACCCCACCAUACCCAUCCUCACCAUGGAUACGCCAACGACCUGACACCGAGCAUGCCGAGCAUGAACAACAACCCUUUACCAUCCGCGAAGAUGUCCAAAUCCACAUGUACUGCUCCGAAGCCCCCUGUGGCGACGCAAGUAUGGAACUAGUCAUGAAUGCCCAAGAAGACGCUACACCAUGGACGAGUGCGCCUCCCACGAUAUCAGCAGCGUCUUCCAAUGGAGACAGCGAAGCAGCUCUACGCGGCCGCUCAAACUUCUCCCACCUCGGCGUCAUCCGCUGUAAACCCUCCCGCCCUGACGCCCCGCCUACCCUAACAUGUGAACGUGCCUUCACCACCAAGGGACGCAUGAAAGACAUGAGAAGUGAAGAAUGGAAAGGAGGUUAUCGAUGGUCCGAAUUCGACCCCAAACCAACAGAUCGAGAAUUCAAAUGGAGUCGCCGGAACAUCGCCUUAGGCGAGAAAGCUGUGGCGAGUAACCUCAGCGCCGUGUGGAGUCCUACAUGGCAGGAAUCGCUCAUCGGAGGCGUACUGCAGGGACGCAAGCAGUUGGAUCCCAGGGGCGCGAGUGCGAUUUGCCGGAGGAGUGUGUGGAAAACGGCUAUACAAGUCGCUGCAUUGGCGGGUGUGCCUGCGCUGAGCCAAGUCCUUGGGAAGCGAACGUACGCGGACAUGAAAGGAGACGAGACAUUCGAAGCGAGGAAAAAAGUCAAAGCCGACGUCAAAGCCAAUGGCUUGAAAGGUUGGCUACAAAACAGCGGCGACGACGGAUUCUCGUUAGAAAUCGGGGUAUCAUAG